UCUAAAAUGAAAGGGGCAUGCUUCAAUUCCAGUUUCAGUCCUCCAUUAUCUUGCGCCAGUGAGACCUGGAGUAGAGCUUUUGCCAAAGUCUUCCUGACCCUUCUUGGCUUCUUUCUCUGGGGAGCGGCUCUGGCUUUAUUGUUUGGUGGUGCCGUUGUGAUCCUUACCUACAAAAACUACAAAGUUGUCUUUCAGAAUUCCUUCUUUCCUCUGCCAGGCUGCUUGGCCGUGAUAGCUGCUUUUCUGUUGUUCCUGACUGGUGCUUUGGCAAUGUUUACCCCUGUAAAGAAUUCUCGAUAUCAUCAGGGAACACUGAUGUACCUAAUAGUCGUCCUCUUCUGCCUGGAAGCCUCCUCAGCAGUUACGACACAGCUCUAUUCUGCGCAGGUAGCUGAUCAGCUGAAAAGCAGCAUGGACGCUCUUUUUCAUCUGUACAAUAGGUCGGCUCCAAAUUAUCCCAGCAAUGAGGCUGUGGACGUGAUACAACAGCAGCUGGAGUGCUGUGGGAUCUACAAUUAUACUGAUUGGCGUGCACUGGCUCUUCCAACCCAUCUCCAAAUGGGCUCCGUCUUUGCCCCUAAAAGCUGCUGCAAAAAGGCUGGUUUGGAUUGUACUGAUAAUGAGAGCCAACAGAAGAAACUCUUCGAAGAAGGAUGUCUCCAGAAGCUGGAAAAGAGACUGUAUUUUGUUAGGCAUUAUAUGAAUUGGUGUUGUGUCAUCGUAGGCUGUCUGGAGAUACUAACUCUCAUCAGCAACGGAGUACUUAUGCAACAGCAGCCAUUUCAGGAUUUUCGUAUUCUUGAUUCUGCUGCUUUUUCUUAG